CUUCCUGCCGCCGCCUGCGGGGCCAUGGCGACCUGGCUGCGGUUGCGGAGCUGCCGGGCCCCGCGCCUCCCGCCGGCGCCUGCGGGCCUCGGCCUGCGCCCCCGCGGCUCGGUGCCCGCCGCGCCCGCGCUCGCCUCGGCGCAGCCCGGCCGCUCCGCCGGGGGCCUGGCGGGCCUGUCCGCGGCGCUGCUGCGCACCGACGGCUUCGUGGGCGGCCGCUGGCUCCCGGCCGCCGCCGCCUUCCCCGUGCACGACCCUGCCAGCGGCGCCGAGCUGGGCUUGGUGGCCGACUGCGGGGUGCCCGAGACCCGCGCCGCGGUGCGCGCCGCCUACGAGGCCUUCUGCAGCUGGAGGGGCGUCUCGGCCAAGGAGAGGAGUUCUUUACUUCGGAAAUGGUACGACUUAAUGAUACAAAAUAAGGAUGACCUUGCCAAGAUAAUUACAGCCGAAAGCGGGAAGCCACUGAAAGAGGCGCAGGGGGAAGUUGUCUAUUCUGCCCUUUUCCUGGAGUGGUUUUCAGAGGAAGCCCGCCGCAUCUACGGAGAUGUCAUCUACACCCCCACAAGAGACCGGCGGGCCCUGGUCCUCAAGCAGCCACUCGGGGUGGCUGCAGUCAUCACCCCGUGGAAUUUCCCCAGUGCCAUGAUCACCCGGAAGGUGGGGGCCGCCCUGGCAGCUGGCUGCACCGUGGUGGUAAAACCCGCCGAGCACACGCCCUUCUCCGCCCUGGCCCUGGCCGAGCUUGCAAACCAGGCUGGAAUUCCCCCAGGUGUGUACAAUGUCAUUCCCUGCUCUAGAAAGAAGGCAAAGGAAGUAGGGGAAGUACUUUGUACUGAUCCCCUAGUGUCCAAAAUAUCCUUUACUGGCUCAACAGCGACUGGAAAGGUGCUGCUGCACCACGCCGCGGGCUCCGUGAAGAGGGUCUCCAUGGAGCUGGGUGGCCAUGCCCCAUUCAUCGUCUUCGACAGCGCCAACGUGGACCAGGCUGUAGCAGGGGCCAUGGCGUCCAAAUUCAGGAACUCUGGACAGACUUGUGUUUGCUCAAACCGUUUCUUGGUGCAAAGGGGGAUCCAUGAUUCCUUCGUGAAGAAAUUUGCUGAGGCGAUCAAAACAAAUCUGCAUGUGGGCAAUGGAUUUGAGGAGAGAACUACUCAAGGCCCAUUAAUUGAUGAAAAGGCAGUAGAAAAGGUAGAGACACACGUGAGUGAUGCAAUUUCCAAAGGGGCCACCGUUGUGACCGGCGGGAAGCGACACCAGCUUGGAAAAAAUUUCUUUGAGCCCACCCUGCUCAGCAACGUUACCGGGGAUAUGCUGUGCGCCCAUGAAGAGACGUUUGGGCCUUUGGCGCCCGUUAUCAAGUUCGACACGGAGGAGGAGGCUGUGGCGAUAGCUAACGCGACCGACGUGGGGCUGGCAGGUUAUUUCUACUCUCAAGACCCGGCCCAGAUCUGGAGAGUAGCAGAGCAGCUGGAAGUCGGCAUGGUUGGCAUCAACGAAGGACUGAUCUCAUCUGUGGAGUGCCCCUUCGGGGGCGUGAAGCAGUCGGGCCUCGGGCGAGAGGGCUCCAAGUAUGGCAUUGAUGAGUAUCUGGAACUCAAAUACGUGUGUUUCGGGGGCUUGUAGGGUUCGCUAGUUCUUUCAAAAAUAAAAAAGGAAGCUAGCCUACAUA